GACAGCUCAUUAUGUUGACAAGUCUUGGUGUUUGCAAAAAAAGAUUUUGAACUUUUCUUACAUUGGUCCUCCCCAUACAGGAAUUCAUUUAUGUGAUCAUGUGUAUGGUUUGUUAAAAGAAUGGGGUAUUCAAAAAAAUAUUUUUUCAAUUACAUUAGAUAAUGCUUCUUCAAAUGAUGUUUUUGCUGAAAAUCUAAAAGGGGAACUUGAGUUGAUUUGUGGUGGGGAAUUUUUUCAUGUAAGGUGUUGUGCUCACAUUCUUAAUUUAAUUGUUCAAGAUGGUUAAAAGAAAUUGAUGAGGCUGUGUAUAAGAUUAGAGAGAGUGCCAAAUAUUGUAAGAGUUCACAAGCUAGGAAACAAAGGUUUUUAAGUUGUGUAUCACAUGUUGAAAUUCAAUCUACUAGAAUUUUACAACAAGAUAUUCCUACUAGAUGGAAUUCAACUUACAUGAUGCUUGAUUGUGCUUUGUAUUUUAAAAAAGCUUUAAUUCACUUUCAAAAAGUUGAUGCCAAUUAUGUACAUUGUCCUUCUGUUGAAGAAUGGGGUAGAGUUGAAAAAAUAUGCAAGUUUUUGAAAGUUUUUCAUGAUGUCACACUUGCCUUUUCUGGGACCAAAUAUCCAACUUCCAAUCUCUACUUUCAUAGAGUCUUACAAGUUAGGUUGUUGUUACAAAAUGAAAUGAAAAGUUCAGAUCUUUUUAUGCAAAAAAUGGCUUGUAAAAUGUAUGAGAAAUUUGGAAAGUAUUGGUCAGAAUUUAGUACAUUUAUGGCUGCUGCUGUGGUGUUGGAUCCACGAUAUAAGUUGCAAUGUGUCAAUUGGGGUUACAUGAGGAUAUAUGGUCAGCAUAGUGUUGAAUACGAGCUUGAGUUUUCUAAGGUUAAGGAUGCUUUACGGAGGUUGUACGAGGCUUAUGCAUCCAGUCAUUCUUCAUCAAGCAAUGUUAUUCCCACUGCUAAUGCUUCCAAUGCUAAUGAAGCUUCCGAUGAUUUUAUGAUGGAUUUUGAUAGUUUUUCUAUGGAGCAAUCAAAUGUGGCAAUCAAAUCUGAAGUUGAUAUGUAUUAUGAGGAGCCACUUAUCCCCCGAGGCACCAACCUUGAUAUUUUGUCUUAUUGGAGAACUUGCUCGGUCCGGUAUCCUAUAUUAGCUAAAAUUGCUAGGGAUGUUCUUGCUGUCCCCGUAUCAACUGUGGCCUCCGAAUCAGCUUUUAGUACUGGAAGUCGAGUGCUUGAUUGUUAUAGAAGUGCUUUAAAAUCAGAAACAGUGGAGGCUAUAAUUUACUUAAGGGAUUGGGAUUUUGGGGAAGAUAAUAUGGAUCCUCAAAUGGCAAUGCUAUGUGGAUCCGUUAUGAAGCUUAAGGUGGGGGACAACGAUGACGCACCACAAACCUCGCCGGAACUAUCAGAAUUUGAUGAGAAUGCUUCUUCGAAUAUUGUUUGAGUCACAAGGACUAAAGUUUAUUAAAAGACAUUUUUUUCUUUUUAAUUAUGGUUUGUAAUUUGUUAAGACUAUUUUGGUGUGUUAGUGACUUAGUGUGUAAUAGUUAAUUAGGCAUUUUAGACUAUUGAAAACAUUGGGUAAAAAAUUCAGGUUUUGUUAA